CUUCACCAUUCCAAGACUCUCCAUAUAAACCCCCAUUAAAUUUCCCCAUCAUCGUCAACAGGAAUCUCCCUUUAUAUCACUUCUCAACUUAAAAGCGGAAUUUCCAAACUCUCAUCAACAUCUCUCCCAUCUGAAGGAAGAAAUAAAACACUUACUCCCUCUGACCAUGCUCUCUUUCUCUUUCCAAACAUAGAAGAAUGCACCAUCUUGGUCCUGCAAUUUAUUCAUAUCUGACAUAGUCUUAAUUCCUCUGUGAUCGAUGGAUAUUAUGAUGAUCACUCUCACAAUCCCCAUAUCACAUUAUUGCCCACCACCUGCUCCUUUCACCAUUAAUUUUGAUCAAACCAAAUAGUCUCAUCUCCCUGCCCCUUCUCAAGGGUAUGAUACGAAUAUAACCCUUAGUUUUAAUUCUCACACAACACUCUACACGUAAUAGUCUAAUACCAUAUAUACCACUAAGGCUAUGAUGGCAGGUGAGAAGUUUCAUGGGGGUUCAAGCAUGACACUGAAACUCCAAAAAGAAAGGCUUUCAUGCUCCUCUGAGAUGAUUCAGUCAUUUUGGGUUCAAAAUCAAAACUCUGAACCUUCUUUUCAUGGUUCAAAACCCAUGGCUAAUGUUGUGAAUGUCAUGGAUUGGCCCUUCUUCCGAGGGCUUGAGAAAGAAGAGAACGGUGAUGAUGAGGAUUUUGAUGCGUGCUUCCAUCAACCCGGAAAGAAAAGGAGGCUCACAAGCGAACAAGUUCAGUUCCUUGAAAGCAACUUCGAGGCAGAAAACAAGCUUGAACCCGAAAGGAAGGUCCAACUUGCAAAGGAGCUUGGCAUGCAGCCAAGGCAAGUGGCCAUAUGGUUCCAAAACCGUAGGGCUAGGUUCAAAACCAAACAGAUAGAAAAAGACUAUGGCACGUUGAAAGCUAGCUAUGACAUGCUUAAAAGGGACUACGACAAUCUCCUUCAAGAGAAUGACAAGUUAAAGGAAGAGGUGAAUUCUCUCAAGAGCAGAUUGAUUCCCGGAGAGAAAGAGGAACAGAAUUUGGAUGAUACCUGCUGUGAUGCUGUCAACUCACAGCAUAAAGAGGAGAUGAAUUUAAUAGUGAACACAGGUUCUGAAAAUGGAUCCAAAGUGACACUUCCUGUUAUGGCAAUAAGCAAACAGGAAGAUGCUAAUUCAGCUAAGAGUGAUGUGCUUGAUUCGGAUAGUCCACAUUUCACUGAUGGAAACCAAUCCUCAUUCGUGGAGCCUGCAGAUUCCUCCCAAGAUGAGGAAGACAUUCUGAGCCAAAACAUCUUGACCAUGCCAUUCUUACCUAAGGUUGAAGAUGUCUGCUAUGAUGAACCCCGCGAUAAUUCUUGCAGUUUUAGGUUCCCAGCUGAAGAUCAAACCUUCUGUUUUUGGUCUUUUUGAGUCACUGGUGGUAGUGGGGGAAUGUUAAAUUUCGCAGUCGUACUUGUAACUCUAUACUAAAAGAAAUAAAAUUCGAGCUAUUUCUGCUAAAGAAUAAAUUCGAGAAUGGUAAUAUUACAUCAUGCUAUUCAAUAAACUAGGGAUUCAUUUUUGGUCAUAACCCAAGUUUGAAAAGUGGUUUUCAUAUUU